AUGACGCUACCGUGGCUAGAUCAAUUCAGCAGUGCCCGCCACAAGAUGCAGGAGAUGGAUGACGCGCUAGGAUUCAAGCUCUCAGAGAUGAUUGCGAGUGGUUCACCGAAGGAGCUCAACAAGACAGAGAAUGCGCAACCUGCCAUCUUGGCUAUGUCGGCUUUGAUUCUCGAAGUGCUCAUGGAGGACUAUAAAGUACCCGUGCACACACUCUUUGACUACACACUCGGCCAUUCUCUAGGUGAAUUCACGGCACUCGCCAUCAGCGGCAUGAUGGAUCUUCCGGCAACCAUCAAACUUGUGCGUGCACGCGGUCUGGCCAUGUCUGAGGCAGCAGCGCAGGCGAGUGCGCCCUCCAGUAUGAUUGCACUGGUGGUUGAGCGUGGACGCAGUCGUUUUGUGGUGGAACAGCUUGCACGGUUCAGAGAAGCGCAGGGUCUGCUUGACUCGGAGGUGCUGUGUGUUGCCAACUACAACAGCGACUCGCAAGUCGUUGUUGCAGGUCAUGAUACACUGCUGCGGCAGUUCAUUGAUACGCUCAAGCGCUUUGAUGGGCGGGAUCCACGAGCCAUCAAGUUGCCGUUGUCUGCGCCCUUUCAUACACCCAUCAUGCAGUCUGCGCAACAACAGAUGCUGGGUAUCUUGGAGGGCAUGCCGCUGCAACUGCCACCCCUCAUCAAACUCGUCAGUAAUGUUACUGCGCGUGCUCUACCGGACGACGAUGCUGGGUUUGUUAAACGAGCGAUUGCGCGGCAGUGCACAGAGACGGUGCGGUGGCACGAGAGCGUCGAGUACCUACGAGAACGCGACGUGACGCGGUUCCUGAGUAUUGGUCCGAGCAUGGUCGCGCGGAAACUGGUAGAAGCGACGGUGGGCAAGGACGCCGUGCUGCAUGUUGGUAAAGUGGAGGACUUGGAUGGCGUCGUCAAGAAGCUCCUCUCAUAG